AUGAAGGUGCAGUGCGACGUGUGCGCCGCCGAGGCGGCCUCCGUCUUCUGCUGCGCCGACGAGGCCGCGCUGUGCGACGCGUGCGACCGCCGCGUCCACCGCGCCAACAAGCUCGCGGGGACGCACCGCCGCUUCUCCCUCCUCCACCCCUGCUCCUCUUCCUCCGCCGCCGCACAGAAGCCGCCGCUCUGCGACAUCUGCCAGGAGCGGAGGGGCUUCUUGUUCUGCAAGGAGGACAGGGCGAUCCUGUGCCGGGAGUGCGACGCGCCGGUGCACAACGCGAGCGACAUGACGAGGCGGCACAGCCGGUUCCUGCUCACCGGCGUGCGCCUCUCGUCGGCGCCGGUGGAAUCUGCUGGCUCAUCAGAGGAGGAGGAGGAGCAGGAGAACAGCACCACCCCCUGCAACGACGGCUCCUGCAGCGGCGGCGCCGGGGCCGGCGCGACCACGGCGAGCGCCAGCGAUGGGAGCAGCAUCUCCGAGUACCUGACCAAGACCCUGCCCGGGUGGCACGUCGAGGACUUCCUCAUUGACGACGCGUCCGCCGCCGACGUCGUCGGUGCCUGCUCGGACGGCCUCUAUCAGGGACAACAUGGACAGAUCAGUGGGGUGCUGCAAGAAGCUUACAUGGGGCGGGAGCAGGUAGCCGGCUCCGGCUACCCUCUCCUCGUUUCGUUUGGUUCCUUCGCCGGCGUCGGCCGCUUCUUCCUGACUGCCUGUGCCUCUCCGUCGCAUGCGGCGUCUUCUCUGCAAGGUCGUGACGGUGUCUGGAGGGUGCUCUGGAGAGUGAUUUCUGACAUUUGGGGGUGGUUUUUUUUUCCUUUUUUCCCGGCGUCCGUUCGCCCUCGAUUGAGCAUUCUUGCACUGCCGGCUGUGGCGGCUAGAUGUGGGUUGCCGUAUGCGUCGGUGGUGUUCGAGAGGGCGGGAGACGGGACACCUGUCUACGGUGUCGAGAUCGAUGUGCCCUGCUUUGGCGCCGUCGUCGCCUCCCGUUGUUUUUUCUUUUGGGCACCCCAAGAAGAAUUUUCUGCUCCAGGCUACGAGCAAGCUGCUUUGCAGGCCAUAGCUUUUUUACAGAAACUGUAUGGGUUCGUCGUGGUCGAUUACAAUUUUCAGAGUGUAGUGCUGUACAGUCGGGUUGCACGCGAUGCCGUGGCUGUUGCUGCUACGGGUACUGGGAUUUUAAGUAGGAUAGGUGUAGAACGAAAGGACCUGGCUAUGCAGUCUGCAUACUUGAUGAAGGAGACGAGCCAAUGGCUGCUCGACAGCGGCCACGCCCCACAGAGCUAUCCGAGCGUCCGCCUCCCUCUCCUUCCUGCGGUUUCCAUGGAGCCUGCAGCCAUCCCUUCUGGUGAGGACUUCCCCGAGGACGAAGACAUGCUGCCAAAGGUCCCAUCGGUUCUUCCUGUGGACAAGCAGGAGAUCUUUGCUCUCGCAGCAAAGGAGCUGAAGCUAACUAUCCAGGAACAAAAAACGGUUGAGAUCAACGAUGACAUGUACCUGACCAAGAUAAAAAUUGGCAAUUAUCUUGAAGAUGCAAGCAUGGUCAUUGUCGAUGACCACAACGCUAGCAACGUUUCUCGGCUAAAAAAGGAGCUCUUUUGCUCCGACUCAUGGUCAAUGCUGUUCGAAUACAAAGCAAAAAAACUCAGCCACACGCUUGCUACGAACAAUGCAAAACUCCGAGGCUUCCUAUUGUCUUUUGACCAUCAGAUGCAUUUGCGCUUCUUGAUGCCGCUAAAAAUAACACACCACCGAGGAAGAGGGCACGUCAUCAGAGCAUCCAGCAAGCCGAUAGCGAAGACGCCGCAUUGA